AUGAGCACAAGUAUAACAAGCAAGAUAAAAGUAAAACGAGCACAAGAAAAGUACAAGCAUGACAAAGGUAUGAAGAUAACAGACUGCAAUGUGAAUUGCAGUCAACAACCAACACUUGUGACAUCACAGUUACAUGACCCUACAAGGAACCUCCAGCAGAGGUCUCAGCCUGGAAAGGACAUUGAUGAGGUUUAUGUCACUCAUGUACCACAGCUUCCAUCAGAGCAUCACUGCCACCAAACCCCUGAAUGUGACAAUGGAACCACUAUGACACAUGACCUGACAGAGCAUCUACAGCUACGUGCUCAGCCACUAAAGAUAUGUGACAAGUUGUUUGUCAUGCCUACUCCAAGACUUCAUUCAGGACAUGACUGCAGCAAGAGCUCUGAAUGUGACAGAACUAAGAGAUUUCACACAAAGAAAGAAACGCACAAAUGUGCUGAAUGCAAUGAGUCUUUCACAUGUGCCAGCAGCCUGAAAAAGCAUCAGAUCAUUCACACGGGAUUAAAACCACAUAAAUGUACGGAAUGCAAUAAGUGUUUCACACGGCUAGGCCAUCUUCAACAGCAUUAUGUCAUUCACACAGGAGAGAGGCAAUAUAAAUGCAAUGAAUGCAAUAAGUCCUUCACACGUCUCUGUAGUCUUCAGGCACAUCAUACCAUUCACACAGGCAUGAAACUAUAUAAAUGUACUGAAUGUGGUAAGUCUUUUACAUGGGCCAGUAGCCUGAGAAAGCAUAAAGCCAUUCAUACUGGAGUGAAACCAUAUCAAUGUAUUGAAUGCAGUAGGUGCUUCAGACAUCUCAAUACUCUUCAGGCACAUCAUGCCAUUCACACAGGCAUGAAACCAUAUAAAUGUACCGAAUGUGAUAAGUCUUUUACACAGUUCUGUUCCCUGAAAACUCAUCAAGUCAUUCAUACUGGAGUGAAACCAUAUAAAUGUACCGAAUGUGGUAAGUCUUUCACAUGUAGCAGUGGCCUGAAAAAGCAUCAGUUCAUUCACACAGGAUUAAAACCACAUAAAUGUACUGAAUGCAAUAAGUGUUUCACACGGCUAAGUCAUCUUCAACAGCAUUGUGUCGUUCACACAGGAGAGAGGCAAUAUAAAUGCAAUGAAUGCAGUAAGUGCUUCAGACGUCUCAAAAAUCUUAAGAUACAUCAUGUCAUUCACACAGGAGUGAAAUCAUAUAAAUGUACUGAAUGCAGUAAGUGUUUCACACAGCAAAGCAGUCUUCAAAGGCACCUUGUCAUUCACACAGGAGUGAAACCAUAUAAAUGUACUGAAUGCAGUAAGUGUUUCAGUAGUCUCAGCAAUCUUCAGCGGCAUUAUGUCAGUCACAUAAGAUUGAAGAAAUAUGAAGGCACUGCAUUCGGUAUGAAAAGUACAGACUGCAGUGUGAAUUGCAGUCAACAGCCAACACUUGUGAGAUCACAGUUACAUGACCCUUCAGUUAACCUCCAGCAGAGGUAUCAGCCUGGAAAGGAAAUUGACAAGGUUUAUCUCACUGAUGUACCACAGCUUCCAUCAGAGCAUCAGUGCCACCAAACCCCUCAAUGUGACAAUGGAACACCUGUGACACGUCACCUGACAGAGCAUCAACAGCCACUUACUCGGCCACUGAAGGUGUAUGAUGAGCUGUCUCUCACUCCUACUACAACACUUCACUCAGGACAUGGCUGCAGCAGGAGCUCUGAACGUGACACAACUGAAAGAUUUCAUGCAAAGAAAGAAACGCAUAAGUGUGCUGAAUGCAAUAAGUCUUUCACACGUGCCAGUGGCCUGAAACAACAUCAAGCCAUUCAUACAGGACUAAAACUAUAUAAAUGUACUGAAUGCAAUAAGUCUUUCACCCAUGCCAGAGGUCUGAAAAAUCAUCAAGCUGUUCACACAGGAUUUAAACCAUAUAAAUGUACUGAAUGCAAUAAGUGUUUCUCACAGCUAAGUAAUCUUCGACAGCAUUAUGCCAUUCACACAGGAUUGAAACCAUAUAAAUGUACUGAAUGCAAUAAGUGUUUCGCACGGGUAGGCAGUCUUCAACAGCAUUAUGCCAUUCACACAGGAGUGAAGCAAUAUAAAUGUACUGAAUGCAAUAAGUGUUUCGCACGGCUAGGCAGUCUUCAACAGCAUUAUGCCAUUCACACAGGAGUGAAGCGAUAUAAAUGUACUGAAUGCUGUAAGUGCUUCACAUAUCUCGGCAGUCUUAAGGCACAUCGUGCCACUCACACAGGCAUGAAACAACAUAAAUGCACUGAAUGCAAUAAGUGUUUCACACAGCUAAGCAAUCUUCGACAGCAUUAUGCCAUUCACACAGGAGUGAAGCGAUAUAAAUGUACUGAAUGCUGUAAGUGCUUCACAUAUCUCAGCGGUCUUAAGGCACAUCGUGCCACUCACACAGGCAGGCAUUGGGGUCCUAAUGGAAAGAUGAAAAGUCAGUAAGCAAAGCAGAGUAGUAGUGCGAAAUCAAAUUCAUCCUCAAGUCUUGCUGAGUACCUUUGUGAGGUGGACCCUGUUUUCUCAAAAGCUCACCAAGGCGGCACUGAUAUAUAGACUGUAUUUAUAUAGCAUAUAUCAUGGACAGAAGUAAGUCAAAAACAAAAAAAGAUCGCUGGGUGCACAAGACCCAGGAUAAAAAGUGCCCAGUCCCGGUAGGCACAAAAUGUAGUGUAGAAUCCUCAAAAUACAGAACAUUCCUACAAUGGGGUGAGGC